UUUAUUUAUUUUCGAGGACAUUUCGGCGGGUGCACAUGUCUAGGUACUUACACUUUGUUUAUUGUCGAUAUAUCGACCUAAAGACCGCCGGUGAAGAGUUUUCAGUGCAGUAAGGCAAGUGAACCACUUUCUUUGCUGUUAACAUAAUUUUGCAAGAGAGAUGAAUCCAGGGAAGAAAGUAUCUGCCUUUGCAGUUUUUAAAGCCAAAAAGGCUCCUUCUGAAGUUUCCCAACAUGAGACCUCUCUCCUUAGUAUAACAAGCAUGCCUGCUCUCUCAGAGAAUCUCAAACAUGGAAAAAGCAAGGAGAAAUUGUCAACUUCCUUUCAGCUUGAAAAACCUCAAUCUAAAAAAUCUAAAGAGAAAGAGAGAAAAAAAUUGGAAAAGAAGUUUAAGAAACUUCAAAAUGGCAUGCCAACAAGAGGUUCAUAUCUUCCUGACACGGCCAUCAAUAGCCCCUUGGCGGAUCUGAGCAGUGCAUUUGGAAGUCAAGUCAGCCUGAGGUCUGGAAAGAAGGACAAGCUUCCCCCUAAGCCACCCAAACCUCCUAAACCCAAAUCCCUUCAAGCAAAGCUCAAAUCUCCAAAAUCUCCCAAAAGCCAAGAGACUACUUCACCAAAAUUCAAGUCUCCAAAAUCAAAGGUGUCAGACGGCAAGGUUGUUUCCCCUAAAGGGAAGCACAGCUUAGAAGAAAAUCUAGUCAGUGAGGUCAAAGGAGAGCAACCCUCGAAGAGAAGAAAAGUUAGUCACGCAACUCUUCCUGAAGCUGAAAAGCAGACACCUGUCACUCCAUUCAAGCAGCCACCAGCAGCAGCAGCAGCCUCCAAGGACCUCCCUUAUAUGUAUGACAGCACUGUGGAGGCCACCAGGCUCUUUGACUGCCUCAUACAUCCAGUGAAACCCAAGAAAUUCUUUAGUGAAUUGUGGGAGAAAAAGCCCUUGCUUGUCAAGCGACACAUGCCAUGUUAUAAUGAUGGAUGGUUCAGCACGGAAGAACUAGACAAGAUUUUACGUAAGGAAAAUAUUAUUUUUGGAAAAAAUAUUGAUGUGACAACAUACUCCAAUGGCAAGAGGGAGACACACAACCCCCCAGGAAGGGCCUAUGCCCCAAUAGUGUGGGAUUAUUUCCAGAAUGGUUGCUCAGUGAGGCUGCUGAAUCCUCAGACAUAUAGCCAUAAUGUGUGGAAGUUUUUAUCAGUGCUACAGGAGUAUUUUGGCUGCAUGGUUGGUGCUAAUAUUUAUCUAACUCCUGCUGGAUCUCAAGGUUUUGCACCACACUGGGAUGAUAUUGAAGCUUUUGUCCUGCAACUUGAAGGAAAGAAACACUGGAGAUUGUACAGUCCCAGAAAUGAUGGAGAAGUACUCGCCAGAUAUUCUAGUGGUAAUUUCACCAGUGCAGAUGUUGGAGAGCCCAUAUUAGAUGUGAUGUUAGAACCUGGGGAUUUGUUGUACUUCCCACGAGGGGUGAUACAUCAGGCUGACACGCCAACGGACAGUCACUCCUUACAUGUGACAGUGUCUACAUUCCAGCAGAACUCCUGGGGUGACCUCAUGGAACAGAUAGUUCCCACGGCCUUGCAACUGGCUAUAGAAGAGGAUUUGGAGUUUAGGAAAGGACUACCUCGAGACUAUCUCAGCUAUAUGGGUGUGGUCAACCAAGACUCAGACAAUCCAGAGAGAAAGGCCUUUCUGAGAAAGAUAGAACAGCUAAUGACAAAGCUUUUGUCUUAUGCCCCUGUGGAUGCUGCUUGUGAUCAGAUGGGAAAGAAAUGUGUCCAUGACUCACUGCCUCCAGUACUAACUAAAGCUGAGGAAAUGUGUAGUAUCCAUGGUAAUGGAGAAAGGUGGGACACCAAACUGAAUACAGUGAGAGGGGCUGUGGAGCUGGAACCAGACACACCCAUCAAGAUUAUAAGGAAAGGUGUUUUAAGGCUGGUAGGGGAAGAAGAUCAGGUGAGGAUUUACUACACCCUGGAGAAUGCCCGGCUGUACCAUGAUACUGAACCCAAGUUCUUUGAAAUAAGUGCAGACGCUGCACCCGCAGUUGAGCACCUGAUAUUUGCCUAUCCUGACUUUGUUACAGUAGACAGCUUGCCAAUGAAAACAUUACCUGAAAAGACUGAAAUAGCCAAUGCCCUUUAUGAAAAAGGUCUUUUGAUGACAGAUGAACCCAUGCAGGCUGUGGAUGACUCCUCUAGUGAGGAUGAGGAUAUAUAAAAGAGAUAAUACAAUGAAGAUGAGGAUGUUUUACUUAGGCAUAGGAUUUGACAUUGAAGAUGGGGAUAUAUAAAUGAAAAA